AGUCCAUGUCGUACAUAAACAGACUGUAGACCUUUUCUUUAAUUAUCACAAACAUUUUUUUGGUUAAGUGAAGUCAUUCGCCAAUCGCUCGCACCAGGAUUACCGAUUGAGCGUUAUCUCAUACCCUCUACUUGACAGUAUUCCUCCUCCUACUCCUCCUCCGCCAACGGGGACACAACACUCGCUACCACAGCUGUCAACAAUAAAACCUCGCCGAUUUCGAGCAAUUCCGACAUGUCUUCCCAACCUCUCCUUCAGACCACUCCCGGUAAGCGCAUCGCUUUGCCAACCCGCGUCGAGCCCAAGGUCUUCUUCGCGAACGAACGAACUUUCCUGUCAUGGCUCAACUUCACCGUCAUCCUCGGCGCCCUCGCCAUCGGCAUGCUGAACUUCGGUGAUAGAGUCGCCUUCAUCUCUGCAUUCCUCUUCACUGGUGUCGCUAUGUUGACCAUGAUAUAUGCAUUGGUGACGUACCAUUGGCGAGCCAAGUCUAUAAGGAUGAAGGGUCAGGCUGGCUUUGAUGACCGUUUUGGUCCCACCGUUCUGGCCAUUAUUCUUUUACUGGCCGUCAUUGUCAACUUUGUCCUCCGAAUCACCGACAAGUCCAAGAACAAUGGCAACUAGAGACUCACUGGACAUGACCACAGCGAUUGUAGUCACCCAGCGGCAUCCAAGGGCCGCUUAUAUGGGAAGAGGCGGGAAUGGCUCAGCGGGGAACGGAAUCUCAGGGUGUACUGGGCCAUUGGCGUUGGAGCUGGGACAUCGCAGAUUUUCUUUACACAGUAUUGCACGAUUGUAGUGGCACAAAAAGAGAAUAUUCUAUUUGCAUGCGCUGGGUAUCUUGUGAUUUGCUAAACGACUUACUCAACAAUGAACCAUCUCUUGAAACGUUCAGUCAAGUAUGUUAGAAAAAUUAAGGAAGACAAAACGGCCUGAACAGAAUUAUCUGGAUUGUAUCAAGCCUGCUUGGCUGUACCAGACUGGACAGUAACACCCUUCUUUAUUUUCAAUUCCUGUAUGGGCAUAGUCGAGAUGAAA